AUGGAAACUUCCGAAAAAAUCGACGCACCGGACAUCAAACAUCCACAGACGAACGCACAUCCGUAUGCUUCCUCCAACGCAGUUUCACGUUAUUUUUUCUGGUGGCUCCGUGACUUGCUUCGAAUCGGCGUGAAAAGACAAAUCGUUCCGAACGACAUUUAUGACACGCUUUCAACACAUAAGAGUGCACUAAUCGGUGCAUCAUUCGAGCAGCAAUGGCAACUCGAAACUUCGCGCCACAAUGCCCUCCAAAACGAAUCAAUCGAUGAUGAGUGCAAAACAAAAAGCAGCGACACGAAAAGUGAAGCACAAACAGUGAAGGAGAGUAAACGGCCGGCGCCACGAUGGCUCCUGUGGACUAUAUUACGCAUGUACGGAGUCGGAGUGCUAGUGUUUGGAUUUGUUUACAGCUUCAUUGAAUCAGCCUGCAGAAUAGGACAACCGUUCCUUCUCGGUCAACUAAUCCUUUACUUUGAUUCACAACGCGCCACAACGACAGCAGACGGCGCAUCGGAAACAUCGCUAGGAGCAGCCUACGGAUAUGCCGUGGGUAUUGUUAUGACUGUGUUUGCCCCGCUAGCAAUCUUCCAUUGCUAUCAACUGUAUCUGCUGCAAGUAGGCAUGAAGAUUCGUAUCGGUUGCUGUGCGCUGAUCUAUCGAAAGAUACUUAGCUUGAGUAACACUACCGACGGAUUGUCUGGAACGGUCAUCAAUCUGAUGGCAAACGAUGUGAGCCGUUUCGAUUAUGCGGUAAUCUUUUUCCACGAUCUCUGGAAAGGCCCGGUGGAGCUAGUGAUUGUCGCCGUGUUGGUGUACCGUGAAAUAGGUCCCGCCGGACUGAUCGGCAUUGGGUUUUUAUUACUGUUCAUACCGAUUCAAGCCUGGCUAGGGAAGAAAUCAGCUGGAUUUCGAAUGAGGGCGGCAAUGGCGACCGACGACCGCGUACGCUUGACAAAUGAAAUCAUUCACGGUAUUCAGGUUAUUAAGAUGUACGUAUGGGAGCAGCCGUUUGAGCGGAUGAUGCGCAAACUGCGACGCAAAGAGGUGCAGGCAUUGCGUGGUAGUGCAUUCAUCAAGUCGGCCCUGUUUGCGCUACGCAUUGUUCCAAAGGUGUCCAUCUUUCUGACGCUGGUCGCAUACGUGUACUUUGACAAUGCGAUUACGGCCCGUCGGGUGUACAUGUUAAUUUCAUUCUUCAGCGUUAUCCAUCAUUCGAUGGUCGAGUUUUGGCCGCUUGCUGUAACGUCCGCCGCGGAAGGUUGGAUAUCGUUGAAGCGAAUACAAGAAUUUUUGCUUCAAAAAAGUGUGCAAAGUUUACGCCAAAAACAAGGAUCUCUUAAACUAAGGAUGCAAACCACCAACCCGUUUGUCGAGUUUAAAUCCGUUCACAGUACAUGGCCCAAUUCAAGUUUCUCACUUCACGACAUCUCCUUCAAGAUAGACACUACGAAUCACCGUACGGUAGCAAUCAUUGGUUCAAUUGGUGCCGGAAAAUCGACCCUGUUGAACUUGAUCAUCGGAGAGCAAAGUGUAACUAAAGGGAAGAUCGAGGUGAAUGGUACCAUUAGCUAUUGCUCUCAAAAACCAUGGUUGUUCGAGGGUACCAUUAAACAGAACGUUAUCUUCCUGGAUCCGUAUGAUGAAACGCGAUAUCGCACAGUGUUAAAGGUGUGCGCAUUGGAGCACGAUAUUGAUGUAUGGCCGCACGGAGAUCAAACAAUGGUUGGCGAACGUGGAUUUAGUUUGAGCGGUGGACAGAAAGCCAGGAUCAAUCUCGCUCGUGCAUUGUAUCGCUCUGCUGACAUAUACCUGCUGGACGACCCUUUGUCGGCCGUGGAUGCUCACGUAGCGAACGUAUUAUUUGAACAGGCUAUAAGGAAUUUUCUGGAAGGAAAACUUUGCAUACUGGUAACUCAUCAACUAAAAUACAUCACCCAGGUAGACUACAUCCUUAUAAUAGAGGACGGUAAAAUUGCUGCCCAAGGCAACUAUGGUACAGAGCUAUCCGAAUACUUCCCAACUAACCAUUUCUCAAAGUAUGAAGAUGCGCCGGAAGAACCGACAUCAGAACUUGGACCGAAGGAUGAACCAACGUUCUCCAGCAAGAGUCAAGAACAACCAUUAUCGGCCGAGGGCAAAGAAAAGGAAGGACAAGAAGAUGGUACUGUGCAAUUUCAAGUAUAUCUAGACUUUUUGAAAUCUGUCAAUAGUAUUUCGUUCGUCGCCUUCACGGCAUUGCUAAUGAUAGGAUUCCAAGUCGCUUGCUCGGGAACAGAUUAUUUCGUAUUCAUAUGGGUGGAUUGGGAAGAAACGGUUGCGAACACGCUUGCAGCCCGGUGGACAACAGACGAUCAUGUCUUGUUCUACGCUGGUGCCAUAAUCAUCACCAUUUUGCUGACUACAAACUCGUUUGCCUUCUUUGAAAUGUGUCUUAAAGCAUCGCUACACUUGUAUGCCGCACUCUACCGUGGAGUGUCCGAAACAUCGAUGCUUUUCUUCCACCAGAACCCAUCGGGCAGAGUGAUGAAUCGGUUCUCGAAAGACAUCGGACUGGUCGAUACCAGUCUGCCCACCGUCAUGAUCGACAGCCUUUACUUUUUUCUCGAGCUUGCUGGUAUCAUAGUGAUAGUGGCAUUGGCUAACUACUGGCUGCUGAUACCUACAGCGAUCAUGGGAGUCGUCUUUUAUAUGCUACGGUUUGUAUUUCUUAAAACAGCGCGAAAUGUAAAACGUGUAGAGGCCAUCACCCGUAGUCCAGUGUUCACGCAUACCAACGCUACGAUUGAUGGGUUAACCACGAUACGUGCAUUCGGUGCGGAACAUUUUCUGGAGGAUACAUUCCACCGGUAUCAGGAUCUCAACACUUCAGCUGCGUUUCUGUUCGGUGCUACGACACGUGGUUUCGCCUUCUGGCUGGACGCGAUUUGUCUGCUGUACAUUGCGUCAGUUGUGCUGAGCUUUCUGGUGAUUGGGAAUGACAUCAUUAGCGGCAACGUCGGGCUAGCCAUCACGCAGGUGCUCAACCUCAUUGGAAUGUGCAACUGGGGCAUACGACAAACGGCCGAGCUGGAAAAUCAAAUGACAUCCGUGGAGCGUGUGCUUGAGUACGCCCAGCUCGUACCCGAAACGGGCCUGGUACCGGGUGUCCAAACAACCGAACGCACUGAAGCGUGGCCCGAAAAUCCCGGCAUAACUUUCCGCCAAGUUUAUCUACGCUAUUCGCCCACCGCGGAGCCAGUCCUGAAGGGGUUGAGUUUCGACAUAAAACCCAAGGAGCAUGUAGGAAUCGUCGGACGUACCGGCGCUGGGAAGUCCUCAAUAAUUCAGGCACUCUUUCGCCUAACGCCGUUGCACGCCGGCGAUGGUAUCAUCGAGAUUGACGGAAUCAAUAUCGGUUCGGUGCCGCUGCGGCAGUGUCGUGGCCGCAUCUCGAUAAUACCCCAGGAUCCGGUCAUAUUCUCAGGCAGUUUGCGAAGCAAUUUGGAUCCGGACGAGCGGUUGCCGGACGAGCAGCUGUGGAAAGCGCUCGAGCAGGUUGAAUUAAAAACCACCAUAACCUCACUUGCCGGCGGGCUCAAUACGAAGAUGUCCGAGGGAGGCAGCAAUUUGAGUGCUGGCCAGCGGCAAUUGCUCUGUUUGGCCAGGGCGGUGCUGAAAGGCAGCAAGAUACUGAUACUCGACGAAGCCACGGCCAAUGUGGAUCCCAAAACUGACGCAUUGAUUCAACGUACGAUACGAACGCAGUUUCACGAUUGCACCGUGCUAACGAUAGCUCACCGUUUGCACACGAUACUGGACAAUGACCGUGUGUUGGUUAUAGACGCCGGCCAAAUGGUAGAGUUUGACAGCCCGCAGAAGCUGCUCCAAAUCCCAGACGGAUUUUUCCGCAAAUUGGUUGAAGAACAUGGCCAAGAAGGAAAACUCCACAGCAGCAAAAUGGACGGAUCAGCAAUAUCUUACAAGCAGUAG